CACAGCUCUACGCCCAAAAUGGCGACACGAUUGAAAAGUUUUGCCUGUUUUAGCCGAGUUUGUCUUCCUCACAGACUACUUGUUUAGUAUAGUGUUCUCGGCACAAACGCAUAUUACUUUCACACUGGUGGCACGCCGGUAUUUUCUUCAAAUGACUGUUAUAUAAGGGAGGAGGAAAUCAGGAUGGCGUUUCGCUAUCCGCUCACAUUACCAACGCCAGGUUAACAAGCUCGUAACUACUUUCUGAUGAGCGCUGGUUAAAAAGCUUCGCUCGCUGGCGACAGUUAUGUCUCGUCUCAACUGGAUCUCCACGCUGAAUGUGAGGAAGAGGGGAUUUCCAUAGAAAUGGAGGAGGAUGUGAAAAAAGUGAAAAAGCCGGGUAUCGUGUCUCCGUUCAAGCGAGUGUUCCUGAAAGGAGAGAAGGGGAGAGACAAGAAGGCGCAGGAGAAGGCCACUGAGCGUAGGGCACUCCACACCUUCUCGCUCUCUCAGCCCGACCACCGCAUUGACCCCGACAUCCUGCUUAAUGACUACAUCGAGAAGGAAGUCAAAUACCUGGGACAGCUGACUUCAGUUCCAGGAUACUUGAACCCAUCAAGUCGCACUGAAGUGCUGCAGCUCAUUGACAAUGCAAGGAAGUCCCAUCAGUUGUCAGGCCAGCUGAGCUCAGAACUGGACGCAGUGGUGAGCUUGUCGGCCUACAACAUAAAGCUUGUGUGGCGCGAUGGAGAAGACAUCAUCCUGAGAGUGCCCAUCCAUGAUAUCGCUGCUGUCUCCUACAUCAGGGAUGACUCUCUGCACCUCGUGGUGAUCAAAACGGCCCAGGAGUCGGGAGGUUCUCCUUGUCCCAGCUCGUGUCCUGAUCUCAAUAAGUCUCAGACCCUGAGCUCUUUAUCGGAGGGCGGAGCCGUGCUGGUGGAAGUCUGCUGUCUGCUUGUGCUGGCUGUUGAUAACAAGGCAGCAGCAGAGGAGUUGUGUCUCCUGCUCAGCCAGGUCUUUCAGAUCGUUUACACGGAAUCAACCAUCGACUUCUUGGACAGAGCCAUUUUUGAUGGAGCAACUACGCCGACCAGACACCUUUCUCUCUACAGUGGUAAAGGGAAAAAAACAGACUUGCUCCAACAAAAAAGAUUACUGAAGCUGUUUUUAUUUUCACAAACUUUAACAAGUGUCUUUAUUCUUUCUUCAGAUGAUUCUUCAAGUAAAGUGGAUGUUAAGGAGGCCUUUGAAGAAGAAGAAGCCAGCACAUUCCCCUUUCAGGUCUCUAUGGAGGCAGAAGGAAACUCUCCAUCGGCAUCGACCCCGGCGUCCCCACAGACGAAGACUGCGAGUGAAGGAGAGCUCAGCACCACUGCGGCCGAGCUGCUGCAGGACUACAUGACCACCCUGCGCACAAAGCUCUCAUCGCAGGAGAUCCAGCAGUUUGCCACCUUGCUUCACGAAUACCGUAAUGGAUCCUCCAUUCAUGAGUUCUGCAUCAACCUGCGACAGCUCUAUGGGGACAGCCGGAAGUUCCUUCUACUUGGCCUGCGACCCUUCAUACCAGAGAAGGACAGCCAGCACUUUGAGAAUUUCCUCGAGACCAUCGGGGUGAAGGACGGCCGCGGCAUCAUCACAGACAGCUUCGGUCGUUACCGACGCACAGCCAGCUCCGCCUCCGAUUCCACCACCAACGGCAACGGAGCGGCGGGAGGCAGCGCCGCCUCGGACGAGGGCCGGGAGGGCGACGAGUGGGACCGCAUGAUCACCGACAUCAGCAACGACAUCGAAGCGCUCGGCUGCAGUAUGGACCAGGAGGGCGUGGCGCCCUGACACGAUGAAUAAAGGGAGGUAUUUUUAGCAGGAGCCGAGGACUCCUCAAAUGAACAGGAGGCAACGAGCUGAGCGGAUCAGAUGAAGGGGAUCCUCAGCACUGACCGAAGAUUGUCGUUUAUUGUAUUUUCCUCUAAUUAUCAAGAGGCGUUCCAUUUUCCCGACGCACUCGAGGGAAACCUCAACCUAUUGCCACAGAAACAUGAAGUCAACAAAUGCACUUAUACAUGACGAGCAGUUAGUUGGCCAUUUUUGCAAUUCAGAGGGAUUCAUAGCCUCUGAUAUAUAUAUAUAUAUUUCUUUUUACUUUUCUUUGAUUUUGUACUUUAUUGGCAGUAUCUGCCACGGCUUUGAGAUUAUUUCAGUCUCUUUUGAAUACCAUCAAAAAUGUUUUUUGAAGCUCAAGACUGAGGCUGUACUUGUUUGUGCUAUCGUAAAACUAUCGGUCACUCGGCUUCAUCCACCAGGAGAACUUUGGUUAUUUUCAUGCGUUUCAUAUUCUGUUUGUCGCUGUGACAGCGGAACAUUUAGCUAUAUUUAGUUUUUUAGUAAGAUUUGUGUACCACUUUGUUUCACACUAUCCUUUUGUUUACUCAUUCAUAUAUAUAUAUAUAUAUAUGUAUAUUGCCUGAUUCAAACUGACCAAGGAAAUGCUGUCAAAUUGUCAUUCAAUUAAAUCGAUUGAAUGGCGACUGCAUCUGACAAAGCCAUUUAGGUGAUGGCUGAUGUGAAUCCGUUUUUUGUUCUUCUCGUGCCGGCCGUCUUACGUCUUGUGACAUUUCAUUUAUCUGUGUCAUCGUGCCUUUACACUGCAGUGCUGCAGCCAACUGUCUGUCACAGAGACGGGUAAUUAUGAACUGUAACUACAGUCGUUGAGCAAAUCAUGGUUAUUAAAUAACAGCUACUUUGCAA